CCUCCAAAUUGGACUUGCGCCGUGAACAGCAUGGGUCUUCUAGAGUAUAGACAACACAAGCUUGACUGCCAGCGCAAGCAGUCCGAGCGAGCCUCCAAGAUCGCAACGCUCCCCACGUCCUACCUAUACCCGCUGUCCCCGCAAGAGCGUACCAUACUCGGCCGACCCAUUCAAGAGCUUGUUCAAGAUGUACACAAGCAGAUCGCCAGCCCCGUCGACAUUCUACGCGCAUACGGAAAGGUCGCAAUCAAGGCGCACGAGAAGACAAACUGCUUGACCGAGAUACUGUUUCCAGAAGCUGAAGAAUGGGCAGCGAAGGAGAUCAACUUGAAGGGACCGCUUGCAGGCAUUCCGGUCUCGUUGAAGGACUCGAUACAGGUCAAGGGCUUUGAUAUCUCGGUUGGGUACUCAAGAAACGUAGGGAAACCGUAUGCGGAUGAUGGCGCCAUGGUGAAGCUGCUGAAGGAUGCCGGCGCGAUACCAUUCGUCAAGACCAACCUUCCUACUACCCUGCUCUCCUUCGAAUCGACGAACGACGUAUGGGGUCAAUGCAAGAACCCACAUAAUGACAAGUACUCGCCUGGAGGCUCUACGGGAGGAGAGUCAGCGCUUUUGGCUUUUGGUGGCAGUCGCAUAGGCAUUGGCUCAGACGUUGCGGGCUCUGUCCGUGUCCCGGCACACUUCUCUGGCUGCUACUCGUUACGCUGCUCGACUGGACGAUGGCCAAAGGUUGGAAUGAAUACCAGUAUGGCUGGCCAGGAAGGCAUCCCAAGUGUCUUCAGCCCUAUGGCGCGGACGUUGAACGAUUUGACGUACUUCACACGUAGCUUCGUGCAGAUGAAGCCCUGGAACUAUGACUACACUGUUCACCCUCUGCCGUGGAGAGAGGACACGGAGACUGAAUUCAAGGACAAGAAGAAGCUCCGCAUAGGCGUAAUGCGGACUGAUCACGUCGUAGAUCCCUCACCUGCGUGCGCGCGUGCAUUGGACGAGGUCGCCAAAGCUCUCGCUGCUGAAGGCCACGAGGUCUUCGAUGUUGAGCCUCCAUCUCCAUAUGAAGCCUUGUAUCUAGCAUCACAGCUUCUCCUCAGUGACGGCGGCAAUGUAUUCAUGUCUCAUUUCCGUACCGGCGAGUGGAAUGACCUCGGCGCAGCACAGAUGGUAAAGUACAUGCGUCUGCCCCGCUUCAUCAAGUAUUGCCACUACCUUUGGGUGAAAUACGUAAAAGGAGAUGGUAUAUGGGCUGGGUUACUACGUGACUGGCACCCCAAGACUGCACACGAGUAUUGGCAACUUGCUGGCAAGCGCGAAGCCUACAAGGCCAGGUUCUUCACCUGGUGGACCGAAGAAGCCAAGAUGGAUGUCAUGCUCACGCCACCAAAUGCAACCCCUGCGGUACCGCAUGGUGGUAUGCAUGACGCCGUGAGCAGCUGUGGAUACACAUUCCUGUUUAAUCUUCUCGACUAUACCACGGGUAUCCUGCCAGUAACGCAUGUCGACCCCGUCCAAGAUGCACUUCCGUCGACUUUCAAAUUCGACAAACUCAAUGGUGUCGCACAAGGUGCAUACAAACACUACGAUGCUGUGAAGAUGGCUGGGCUACCUGCCGCUGUGCAAGUUGUCGGUCGCAGACUAGAAGAGGAAAAGGUACUCGCUAUUAUGGAGAGAGUUGAGGACGCACUCGAUAGCCACGGUGGAAGAUAUCAGCUGCUAGAGGUAGAUUAGGGAUUGCGAGUCAGAAUGGUCCGGAUACGGGAGAUGCUGGUUGCUUAGUGAAACUUAUGCUGCUCCGUGGAGGCUCGAUUAGUAUUCAGAGAUAUUGUAUAUAGAUGUCAAGCUUGGUCGCCUACAGCAACACACUGCAUCUUCUCUCAGACAGCAAGGGCGUGGAACCCAAACCAUUCAGCUUGUUUACCAUUCAAUACCUCAGUCUUCGAGACGUGGCUAGAGUACGCUGGCCCGCCGAAGAGCGUCCAGCGCAUUUGUCCCAACAGAAGGGUGCAGCUCCUGUUCCAGAGCCCGUUUCCGUUUCUGUCUCCACGCAGACUACGCGCUUUACAGCUUGACUUGUAUUUGGAAUUCUUCUCGUCAAUUAGUGUUAUCUCACAUCCCAUCUCGUGUCGGCCAACGAAUCGGCGACAGCUCAGAUCUCAACUGCCCCACCUUCGUCAUCGC